AUGUCCGCUGAACAAUACUACGGGAACCAGUACGCCCAGAACCAGUACGUGCACACUAGAGACCAGUACUACUCUGCUCCGCAAUACCAACAACCACAGUACUACCAGCCACCACCACAAGGGUAUGCACCACAAGGGCAGUAUUAUCAGGCACAACCACCGCCAUACUACCAACCCCCACCACAAGUACGACAACAGCAACCUAUCUAUGUGCAGCAAGCUCCACCACAGAACGGUAACGAAGAUUGUUUGAUGGCAUGUCUUGCAGCCAUGUGUAUCUGUCUGACACUUGAUCUACUAAUAUGA